CCAACACCACGUCAUGUCAAGCCAUUGCCGACCGACCCUUCCGUUCUAUCCUCGCCGCCGCCACCGCGCCGCCGCCUCGUCUCUCUUCGGAGCCUCCUCGUUCCCGCGCCCUCCCUCCCGCGCCGCCGCAGGUUAAUCACAGGUUGAAGCUAAAUUUUAUGCCUUAUUGUUUGAUCUGAAGGUGAAAAAGGAUUACCAAGAUUUGUUCUAUAGGAUAAAGUUUUCUCAGCUAGUUGCCUGACAUUGGAGAUUCCAGUGGUGGUUGUAUACCUUGAAAGGAAUUCUUUGUAAAUUCCCCCUUGUAUCUGGUUUUAUUAGCAUCAUUAUUUAUCUGGCAUUGGGCAAUCAUGUCAGAGAGCGAGUUAGCAGUAAUAAAACCAGAGGCAUUGAAGACUUAUAUAUGGCUUCAGUGCUUUGAUGGUUCCAUACAGCAAGUGGAGGAGGAAGUUGCGAUGUUCUGUCCUAUGAUAUGUCGGGAAAUAGUGAAAAAUGGGACAGGAUCAUCUAAAAAUCAUGCUAUUGUCCUCCCAGAAAGAGUUAAUCCGGCAAGCUUGAGUUUGAUUCUUGACUAUUGUCGGUUUCAUCAGGUCCCUGGACGCUCAAACAAGGAGCGCAAGUCAUUCGAUGAAAAGUUUGUCCGGAUAGACACAGAAAAACUCUGCAAGUUGGCUUCUGCAGCCCUCGGUCUACAGUUAAGGCCACUAGUUGAUCUUACUUGUGGAGCACUUGCUCGAAUCAUAGGAGGAAAGACACCCGAUGAAGUUCGAGAUAUAUUUCAUUUACCAGAUGACUUGACAGAGGAAGAGAAAUUGGAGCCACUAAAAAAUAUAAAUGAUGAUCCUACAAUUCGUUUAUUGAACCGGUUGUAUGCAAAGAAGCGGAAAGAACUCCAGGAGCGCCAGAAACUGAAGGAUGUUCAAACACAGGAAGAGCAAAAGGAUGAGAGAUCUUUGGAUGAAUUACUUUGUUUUAUAAAUGGUGAUGGAGAUUCCAGGGGCGGGAAAGCUGCUAAAAAUAAGAGAAAGACUAAAAGAAGAAAAGAUCAAGCUAAGAACCCCGCAAAAGCGAACUCUGAACCUGUAAAUAAGGAGGGAGCUAGCUGUGUGGUUCCGCACAAAGCAGACAGUGGUAAUAUUUCUGGGCUUCCUUGCCGAAGGCCAGAUUUGGAGGGUGAUAUUGAGUACCCCUUUGACGAUGCUGAACUCGAUGAUGGACUUGAUCCUGCAAUGAGGGAAGAGAUUGAUAGAGAAGUGGCGGACUUUGCGAUGAAGUUGAACUUGGUUUGGCCUGAAAGAAUGCGUUUGGACCAGGACCAACGGAUGGAGUCGCAUGUUGGUGCGCAGUGAGUGGAGGCGGAAAACCUUAGGCAGGGAGGAGUUUUGUUCGAGAGAAACACAGGACGGCAUUGCAAGCAGCAAUAGUUUGUUCUGUGAGUUGUAUGUUCCCUGCUUUUCAUCAAGAAAGUAGUGUCCAACCUGUGUUUACCCCCAGAAAAGAAGUGGAGUGACUUGUGAGUGUAAACCAGAAGUUUUGAACCUAUGUAUGUUCAUUAAUUUUGACAGGAACUAUCUUUAUGAAUAAUUACAAGGGUAAAAAAUGCCGUGUCUUGGAAGUUGGUGAAAAUAAUUGUGCUGGUUGCUUCA